GAGGAGCUCCGCCAGCGGAACCAGGGAGAGCGUGGUGAGGAAUCCCAGCAGCCCCAGGAGAGUGAGAGCCGGACCGGCUGGACCCCCGGAGGAGGACCCGAGAGACAACCACGUUGCCACGGGAGAGGCCUCAGUUCAGGGCUGCAGUAUGUUCACUUCAGUGAAGGCCUUCGAGGGGCAGCAGUACUCCACCCUGAAGAGGCAGUGCUUGCAGAGUGGCCUACUCUUUGAGGACCCCCGCUUCCCCGCCAUCGACGACUCGCUCUUUUACCAGGGCAACAGGAUCGGACGUGUGGUCUGGAAGAGGCCUCGGGAGCUGUGUGAAGACCCUCACCUGUUUGUAGAUGGCAUCAGUGCACACGACCUCCAUCAGGGACAGCUGGGUAACUGCUGGUUCGUAGCGGCGUGCUCCAGCUUGGCCUCCAGAGAGUCUUUAUGGCAAAAAGUCAUUCCCGACUGGAAGGAGCAGGAGUGGGAUACGGAGAAGCCGGAAUCGUACGCUGGAAUUUUCCACUUCCGCUUCUGGCGCUUCGGCGAGUGGGUGGACGUGGUGAUUGACGACCGGCUACCGACGGUGGACAACCAGCUGGUCUACUGCCACUCCAACGACAGCAACGAGUUCUGGAGCGCUCUGGUGGAGAAGGCCUAUGCCAAAGUUUACGGCUGCUAUGAGGCGUUGGAUGGGGGAAACACGGCAGAUGCGCUGGUGGAUUUCACGGGUGGUGUUUCGGAGCCCGUGGACCUGCUGGAGGGUCAGAUGGCAACAGACGAGGUGGCUCGCAACCAGCUGUUUGAAAGAGUCCUCAAAGUCCACAACAGAGACGGUCUCAUCAGCUGCUCCAUCAGGGCAACCACAAUAGAGGACAUGGAGGCACGGCUGGACUGUGGUCUGGUCAAAGGUCACGCCUACGCUGUGACGGACGUUCGGAAAGUGCGGCUAGGUCACGGACUGCUGGCCUUCUUCAAAUCGGAAAAGCUGCAAAUGAUCCGCAUGAGGAACCCCUGGGGAGAGAAGGAGUGGAGCGGCCCCUGGAGCGACAGUUCGGAGGAGUGGAACAAGGUGAGCAAGAGCGAGAGAGAAAAGCUUGGUGUCACCGUGCAGGACGACGGCGAGUUCUGGAUGACGUUCGACGACUUCUGCCAGUACUUCACUGACCUGAUCAUGUGCCGCCUCAUCAACACCUCCUACCUGAGCAUCCACAAAACCUGGGAGGAGGAGGUGAUGAGGGGCUCCUGGGUCCAUCGCCAGGACCCCCUUCGCAACCGGUCCGGAGGCUGCAUCAAUCACAAGGCGACCUUUCUGCAGAACCCUCAGUACGUGUUUGAUGUGAAGAAGUUGGAGGAUGAGGUGCUGAUCUGCCUGCAGCAAAAAGAGAAGAGAGCCACACCCAAAGAGGGCAAAGGGGAAAACCUCGCCAUAGGCUUUGAUAUUCACCGGGUGGAGCUAAAUCGGAAGUACCGUAUGCACUCAGCCCAGCAGAAAGUAGCGGGCUCCAUCUACAUCAACUCGCGCUGCGUCUUCCUCAGGAAGGAGCUAAAGGAGGGCCGUUACGUUAUCAUUCCCACAACCUUUGACCCCGGGCAGCAGGGCGACUUCCUGCUCCGUGUCUUCACUGAUGUGCCUUCAGACUGCAAAGAGCUGACUCUGGACGAGCCUCCUCAGACAUGUUGGACGGGGAUGUGUGGCUACCCUCAGCUGGUCACUCAGGUCCAUGUACUGAAUGCUGAGGGUCUGCAGGGACAAGACUCCAAUGGAGAGCUUCACUGCCUCAAUCCCAAUAAGGAAAGACGUCAGAGCAAAGCACGAGCUGUAGAUCCCUACGUGAUCAUCACCUGUGAAGGAGAGAGGGUUCGUUCACCGGUUCACAAGGACACGCGGUGCCCGAACUUUGACAUCAAAGGCCUGUUCUACCGCAAGAAACCCAAGGAGGGAAUCCACAUCGAGAUCUACAACAAGAACAUGAUCGUGGACACCUUCCUGGGUCAGGUGAUCCUGUUCAGCGAUCCCAACGAGCGGCAGGAGCAGCACACGCUUCACCUCCGCGACAAGGGCAACCGCCAGGACAACGACCUUCCGGGCACGCUCACUGUGCGCCUCAUCACCUCGACCACGCUCAACAACAUCUGACGCGAUCGUUUAUACAGUUAUAACGAUCGAAACACAACACGCCCGCCGUUCAUGUUCAGCUUUCGUCCUCAAACCGUCAGCGGGAGCUCACAGUGUCUUUUUUUUCUGCCGCUUGUUCUCUCUUAUUUUUCCCCCUUUAUUUCUUUUAGCUUUAAAUUCAGCUUUGUCACACAGGUUUAUAAAGGAUGGAAAGUGUCCAUAGAUGAUAUUUGGGGUUCGAAUUUAACAUCUUUGAACACGUUUCUACCAAAAAUGUCCAUUAUUUAGUGUUUUUGCGUCAGAAAAAGUUGGUUUUGUAGCCAGAAUCUGCAUCAACAACUGAGCUACAGUUUUUAAGAGAAGGCCAAUAUUAGCUUAUCAAAUCUAUUUUCUUUCUGUAUAUUGUUAUAUCCAAUCACACACACACUCAUACAUGCACUUACAGUACACAUGCAGACAUUUCUGCACUCUCCAUGCAUGUGCCAAUGUUUCCAAGGGCUAUGCAUUGCCUUAAGGUCGAGUCUGUCUCUCCACCUUGAGGAGGCGGGAGGGAGGGGUGGUCGUGUUAAAAUCUCUUAUCUUUAUCUGUCCUCAGUCUGCAUUUCGGUUCCUUAAGCUCCACACUAAACCCCAGCUUUUUGUCAUAGUUUCUAUCUCCUAUAUACUGACACAUAAUGUAUACUCUUUUAUAUCUGUGGAUAAUCUUCCCACCCGGUCCGCUCCCCCUGACACCUCAAGUCUUCACCAGUUUGCCGGUGCUUUGGAGAGCAUGCAGCACUGUCUGUCACUCUUUACUGUGGACUUUUACAAAGCCAACAGCAGCUAUUCUCUCCCUCUACUGAGAGCUUUCCUGUGUUGGCCUGUGAGCGCGCUCAUGUGUGAAAUCUUGCCUCCCGUCUUCCAUCACUAGAACCAUUUCUAACUUCCCCGAGACGCUUUCUGCCGGUUGCUAUGGACGAUCUUAACACUGCAUGGCUUAAAAAAAACUAAACUCUUUGCCUGUGCUGCACAUGUCUCCGGUCGUAGCUUAGCAGCCGGUGCUUUUUGAUAGUACUUCCCUUCCCUUUUUACCCCCCAAACCACCCACCCUACUACCAUGCGUACUACCUUCCCAGUCCAGCGGAGUGCAAAGAUUCACCCUGACAUAAUCAAGUGCUUUAUGGGACCAAAGAUGAGCCAAACCCUUCGCUCUCUUAGUCCCUUUCGGACCGCCCUGGCCCGGCCUGGCCCGGCCUGGCCUGGUCUGGCCCAAGCCUAGCUACAAACCACCACCCCCUGUGCCACAUCAUCUCUUAACGGCAACACCACUGCCUGACGCUUCCUCUGACUUGAGUCUGUUGGCCCGGGCCAGACUCGUGCCACGUGACCCCGAGAGACAGCAGCUGUGCUUCUGCUGAUAGCGCAGAACAGGCGUGAGUGAGUGAGUGUGUGUGUGUGUGUGUGUGUGUGUGUGUGUGUGUGUGUGUGUGUGUGUGUGUGUGUGUGUGUGUGUGUGUGUGUGUGUGUGUGAGUGAGUGUGUCCUGCUAGUUCCAGCCUUGCUCUGAAUGGGAGUGCUUGGAGUGAAUGUAUAUCUGCUAAAUCCACGUUAUACCUGGAAGAAAACGCUUUCUGUGGAAAGGUGUGAAACGAAGGGAAAAGAGCCCCUUUUUAAGGGAAACACACCUUGCACUUUAUUUCAUUUUAAGCGGGAAAAAAGACCCUUUUGAGGAUUAAAAAGAAAGAGGAGGGAGAGCAGAGGAGAUCGUCCUGCCAAAACAACCUGUGCCAUCGCCUUGGUCGUGGCUUUGCCUCCACAGCAGGAAAAAACAACACGGGACAUUUGAUGAACAGUUGAAUUUCAGACGGCUUUUUGCAUAUUGAACCAACACUGGUACAAUCUAACUUAUCUCUGAUGGCAUUUCUCGCGUAGACCAAGCGGCCAUCCAAUUUGACGUUUUAGUACCGAGGCUUUUUUUUGUGACAGAAAAGCCCAGAACAGAAAAAUCACAACUUGUGUUUUGUUUAUUUCAAAAGUGCAAUAUCAUUGCAGAGACUUUUCAUUCCAAGUUUUACGGACUCUUUGGGCCUUCAGUCCUUUUUUUAAAGUUAUUUUUUUCCUCCCCAUGUGUUUAAAAAUUGUAAGUAACAGUCAUUAUCAAGACGUUUCCGUUGAAUGUAAGACAAACAGUUAGUGGACUAAUCUCGCAAGUCUAUCAAGUCCGUUUUCCUGAUUUCGUCAGCGCCUUUUUUUCCAUUACUUGAACUUGUCACACAUGGCAUUUAAUUGAUCACACACCUUUUGUGUACAGCAUCUUUAUAAAUGUGUCUUGCAUGGGUUAUUUUCCAAUACGUUCAUGGCCUUGUAUUGUACUGUUCAAUUGUUACUAUAUAUAUUUAUUCUUUCUAUCUCAAAAGUCUUGGAAUUGCUAGUUUUGAGCAGUCAGCAUGUCUACACUAAUGCACCUCAUGUCAGUCCGAUCAUAUCAACAGGUUUGAAACAGUUAUGUCUUGUACUACAGUGAUGCAUUUAUAAUGCCUUUAGCAUCGGUGAACAUUAGCAGCAGUUGUCGACUACUAUUUAGGUGCUAUCUAUCUUCUCUGUGCUCUUUUUAUAUUGUUUCCAGUCGGACAGAGGGACAGUAAGUGAGCGUUAGGUAACAUUACAAGGCUGAAGUUGGGAAAAGCUUGCAGACAGACAGCGUUAGAAACUGUAGUGCUAUCCAGGCACACGCUCACGUGGCCUGGAUAGCUGCUGGUUUUUAUUCACAGACCAAGUCCUUGUGCAAGGCACUGAACUCCUAACUGCACCAGAGGAGCCUCGUAGUGCUUCCAGGUGAAACCGCACAUAUUUGUGUAACUUUAAUCCCCCUCCGAGGUCAAUACUGUGAUGUUCAAAAUCUACUUUUAAAGGUGGAAUGAAGAGUUGUUGUUCUGAGAUAUUACUGGUGCCAAAAGGUUUUGGUUGGAUUUGGUGAACUUGACACAAGCUCCAGUUUGUCUCUCUCAUGUUUUACUGUUCAACUCACACAUCCAAGAAUCUGGUUUUCUAAAUCGUUUUAUUUCUCAGCAGACCAAAUAUUUUCUGAUCCAGAUGCUUAGAAGAGUCUGAGAAGAGUGGAAAGUUUUAUUAAACAACCUUCUUGAUUAUUUUACUGUUUAGUUCUGAGAUUAAAAUGUAACGGUCAAACAUUAAGGGGACGAACUGGAGAUACGUGACACUGACAUCAAUUGAAGACUAACAAACACACUCUUGAACUUUUGUGACCAUAUUUUGCUGAUUGGACCCAAUUAAGAUGACUUUAGGUUAAUAACUGCUACAUUUUACAUUCAUGAAUGCCAGUUCAAACUUAUUAAUAAUAUAGAAUUUAGAGGUAAUAUGUGUGCCAUUGUAUUAGCUGUAUUAGUGCCUACAAGUCAACAUUUAUUUAAGUAUAAUAACUGUUCCUUAUUAGCCGUUUAAUACUAGUUUAGUUAUAUACACGACUCCCGCGUUCGGUUUGUGCGUUCUGCCAUCUCGUGCUGCCGCCAUUACUGCUGUGGCAAGUCGUAAUGACUCUUAACUGAGCUGCAGGGGUAGUUUGUUUGACAACGUUAGGUAUCCGAUAUGGAGAUCUUAGCGGUUUUCAGACAUUUGUUACGACAAUAACAAGAAAAAGAGCCAAAAAAAUUACCAUUUUGUGACCACAAAUGACCACAAAAAGAGAGGAUGAAGUUGGAUGUGCCAUAGCUAAAGAGGCCAACAACAAAACUGGAGCACAGUGUUAAUAAACCACCAAUGAGGAUGAAGCAUUGAUUGAUUGUUAGCUAUAUACAGUAGCUGAUAUCAUUGUUUGCGUGGACUUGAGCGUGUAUGUUGAACAGUAAUCAGCUAACCAUGAAGCAGCUAGUGAGCUGGUAGUCGACUUUAUUUGUUCGACUUUGUCUUUUCUUUGUACAGUAUGUGUAUAAAUGGAUAUGUUGACACCGUGUUUACCUGUUGGAUCACUAGACGUAGAGGUUGAAUGAACAGCUGAUUAAUUAACCCCUUAAUGUCCACUGGAACCGUUUUUAGAAGAUUGUCUUCAGGCAGUUGGACCGUUGGCAACCACGUUCACAAGGUAGAUUACAGUCUCUUCAUAUUUGGUAAAAGUAGAAGUACAGAAGUACUUCUAGGUCCUCUCUUGGUUUGUCUGAAGGAAGUUUUUCUCCCUUUCUUUGUCGUGUAACGUAAUUUUGGACUUUUUUUGUUAUGUUAUGUCUUUCAUACAUCAUAUGCACCGGCCUUGAUGUUGGGACAGAGUGCAAUUAUGCAAAAAAAUUAUAAGAAUAAUUGAUAAUUCCCCUCAAAUUUUAAGUAACAAGUCUGUUUUUGAAAUAUAAGUAGUAGAAAGUAAAGAUAUUUGUGUAAAAAUGAACAGAAUACAAGUAAAAAGUCAGAAAAAUGGUACAGAUACCGGAAAAAGUAUCUCAGCUUCAGUUGUACUUUGCGUUUAGUGCUAAUUAACUGUAAGCAUGCUUCUGCAGGGCUCACAGAACUGUUAGCAUGGUUGCAGACUCUUAAUCUCCAAUAUGUAGGUAAAGAAUGAAAUGCAUCAUUUGAUAUUAAUUCAUCAAUAAAUAUAGUUAUUUAUAUACAUUUACAAGUUAAUUUAAUGUGUAAAGAUAGCUGAGAGGAGGAAAGAGUCGAGUCAGACGCUCUGUUCAUGCAUCCAGUGGACAUUAAAGGGUUAAGGCUGAGAAGGAUUGAAUUAGUAUUCAUGAAUGUGUUUCUGUUAUUUUACAAUAUAAACUUCCCUCGUAGAUCAUAAUAGAUUUUAUAUUCCAGAGUUUCUCUUCAACUGAUGCCAGUACCAUGUUUUACUUUGAGGUUUCACAUCAGGUUCUCAGCAGCGACCAGUUGUUGUAUUUCAUGCCUCCUUACUUUUUUUUUAAUUUGUAUGGAUGUGGCACAGAAAUAUAACCAAUAACACAAGACCUGACAGCUUUGAUAUAUGGGAGUUCGUGGGGCUUUAGAGUCACCGUGUCACUCACAAUCCCACGGCAACAGUGAGAGCACGGAGGCCGAAAUAAUAGUGUGUCAAGCUCAGUGUGAAAUCUUAUCAAGGGCGUUCUACUCAUGUGCCACAGCAGUGCCAAAAAAAGAUGAUUGAUCCAUCAAAAACUGAGGCUUUGUGUGUGAUGCUGUACAUUGUAGAGAUGUUUGCAACUGUUGGACAAAAAUGUAAGACAGGGCGAAGUUAUCCUUCGAGGUUUUUGUACUUUUUUUGUUUGUUUGUUUGUUUGUCUACAUUUUUGUCUUUGCCAUGAAGUGAUUCUCAUUGUAAUUGUUGCGCUUUGUGAUUCUUUGCCAAAAGUGUUAUGGCUUUCACUGUUAACCACUAAACAGACACAUACAUACACAGAUAUAUAUUCACAAACACUCCAGCUACUAGACUAACCAGGCUUGGUUGGAGUUUACGGACCUUGACUGGUUUUUUGACAGUUGCUAUAAAGCUUAUCGUUUUUUUUUCUGUACAUAUUUUCCCGCACGGCCACGCCAAAGCAGGUUUUAAGAACACGAAACCGUUUCGAAAUGAAGCUGAACUGCUCAAAAAUAAAAAAAAACGGUGGUGGUGACUUUUUGUACGAAUCCAAAAAUGCCAGUGCAUGUAGCAAAACCGCUUCUUAAAUCCGCUCGCAACCAUCACGGAUCACAGAAUAUCUAUUUUUGUUUCUCAGAGUGUUGUGAGACAUAAUCCGCUGUUGCUACUUUGAUAAACAUACUGUGUGAAGUAGAAGGCUUAUGUUGCACACUUGCAUGCAUUAAAACCAGUAUCCAGUUUUCUAAUAUUUUGUAUACAGUAACCUGCAGUAUACAGUAUGUAUAUAAAAGUAGCAGCAACUUAUCAGUUGUUAUUAUGGGAUCCAUGUUUUGAUGGAUGUUAUACGGUAUAUUCUAGACAUUUAUUUCAAGAGGAAGAUGUUCUUGUUCACUACCUCUAGUGAUCAGCAAGAAUACUCAGAGGAAUCAAGGUAAUUAUUCACCCUAUACCUAGCCCAGAGAGAGUUAACGAUAUGCUACAGGUGAGAUUUGGGGGAACUAAAUGAUGUGGGAACAGCCUUCACCAGUGAAAGAGACAUUUGUUUUCUUCACUAGAGUUAGAGGAGAAGAUCAACACUCAAAACAGAGGUGAACAGCUAGCUUGGCUCUGUCUAAAGGUACAGCAGUCUCCUCUAAAGCUCACUAAUUAACACAUUUAACGCCCCUUUUUUAAAAAUCUGUGCAACCCUUUGUUUCGGUUUUGGAUUCAACAGAUGAGAUCCAACGUGUUAAUUAGUGCUAGAAGGUAAGAGCCAGGCAAGCUGUGUCUCCCUGUUUACAGUCUUUGUGCUAAGGUAAAGCUAAGUUCGCCGGCGGGGGGCUUCGUAUUUAGUGCACAGACAGGAAAGUGGUGUCAAUCUUCUCAUCCAACUGAUCAGCAAGAGAGUGAAUCUUACCUCCGCCCUCUACUACAGAUCAUACAACUAUGAUCAUUUCCCCUGAGGCCACGUCUUCCGGUCGUCCUCCCAACCGUCCCUAGUAGAAGCAAAAAGGUACGAUCGCAUCUCGUUUAAGGUGUGACAGGCAACACAUACGUCCCUUACAAUCUCUAUGAAAGGGGAACACACCUGUAGCAUAGCGCUGAAAAGGUAUCAUGGGGCUAGGAAUACGGCGGAUUGAUAAUAUGUGAGAUUCAGAGCCCUGCAAAGAAAUUAUUUUGUGAUUAUUUAAGGCUUUUAACCCCCCGAGUUUAUCACUUCUAGACGGAACAACGACGCGAUCGCAGCUGAGGAUUUUGCUCGCCUGCUGAUCUCGUAGAAACUGCUGCAUGUGUCUAAUGUUACAAGACACUGGUGAUGGAUCUCCAGGAAGAGUGCGCCAGGUUACUACGUUCAUCUCAAUGACAGCAUUUUGUAGACUGUAUUGAAUCUGACGCCGCUGCACCAGGUCACCGGAUACCUUUCUGCAUUCUCGUCAUUGACAUUUUUAUCCGAGAUCGAGUCUUGUCCACUCAAGGAAUGAGCUUGUGAUUCUUCUUGUAUUUUUCUGCUGAUGUUUAUUAACUGGAGACUGGAAUUACCUACUGCAUGGUGACACUUCUAGAAGAUGCUACGGUCUUUAUAACAAGUAUCUUUUAUCAGUAUUUUAUAACCUUGUUAAUUUUAUAUAUACACGUUACCUUGCGUUCCAAAAACCGGUAUGUUUACUGAUAGCUAGGUUUCAGAGAGCUGUGCUGUAUGUUCUGUACCGUGUGCUCGUCUGUGUGUUCUUAUUUCGGCGUGAGCUUUUUUCUUUUCUUCUUUUUCAAUGCGUGUUCGUUUUGAAUUUGGUUCUCGGUUACACUGUGGUUAUUUUAUAUAGCUACGAUCUGAAAUUAUUAUUUUUUCUUUUGUAUUUAAUGUCAACUUGUGGCAUGACUUUGAAAUAAAACCGGAAAACCUA